AUGUCUGACGGCGACGUUAAGCCCCCAAAGCCGGCCGUGGUGCUCGAGGCCCACGAAGUCGACACUUUUCACGUCCCCAAGGCAUUCUAUGAGAAGCACCCUUCAAAGACUCAUCUGAAGGAUUUGGACGACUACAAGAAACUAUACGACGAGUCUAUCCGUAGCCCUGACACCUUCUGGGCCCGCAUGGCCCGUGAGCUGCUCAGUUUCGAGCAAGACUUCCAAACCACCCACGUCGGCUCCCUCGAGAAUGGUGACAAUGCCUGGUUCGUCGAAGGUCGCUUGAAUGCCUCGUUCAACUGUGUGGAUCGUCAUGCCAUCAAAAACCCUAACAAGGUCGCGAUCAUCUACGAGGCCGACGAGCCUAAUGAGGGCCGUAUCAUUACCUACGGCGAGCUCCUCCGCGAAGUCUCCCGCGUUGCCUGGGUCCUGAAGCAACACGGUGUCAAGAAGGGUGACACUGUCGCUAUCUACCUUCCCAUGAUUCCUGAAGCCGUUGUGGCCUUCCUCGCCUGUGCCCGUAUCGGUGCCGUACACUCCGUUGUCUUCGCUGGUUUCUCCUCGGACUCCCUUCGUGAUCGUGUCCUCGAUGCCGGAUCCAAGGUCGUUAUCACCACAGACGAGGGUAAGCGUGGUGGCAAGGUGAUUGGCACCAAGCGCAUUGUCGAUGAGGCCCUCAAGCAGUGCCCUGAGGUUACCAGUGUGCUGGUCUACAAGCGUACUGGUGCUGAGGUUCCCUGGACCAAAGGCCGUGACAUUUGGUGGCACGAGGAGGUGGAGAAGUAUCCCUCCUAUCUCGCUCCUGAGUCGAUGAACUCCGAGGACCCUCUUUUCCUCCUCUACACCUCCGGUUCCACCGGUAAGCCCAAGGGUGUCAUGCACACUACUGCCGGCUACCUCCUUGGUGCCGCGAUGACCGGCAAGUACGUCUUUGACAUCCAUGACGAUGAUCGCUUCUUCUGCGGCGGUGACGUUGGUUGGAUCACCGGACACACCUACGUCGUAUAUGCGCCUCUUCUUCUUGGUUGCUCUACUGUCGUUUUCGAAAGUACUCCCGCCUACCCCAACUUCUCCCGCUACUGGGAUGUCAUCGAGAAGCACAAAGUCACUCAGUUCUAUGUCGCCCCCACAGCUCUGCGUCUGCUGAAGCGUGCCGGUGAUGAGCACAUCCACCACAAGAUGGAGCACCUGCGUAUCCUGGGCUCCGUCGGUGAACCAAUUGCCGCUGAGGUCUGGAAGUGGUACUUCGAGAAGGUCGGAAAGGAGGAAGCUCACAUUUGCGACACAUACUGGCAAACCGAGACCGGCUCCCAUGUCAUCACUCCCCUCGGUGGAAUUACUCCCACCAAGCCAGGCAGUGCAUCCUUGCCCUUCUUCGGCAUUGAGCCCGCUAUCAUCGACCCCGUUUCCGGCGAGGAGAUUUCUGGUAAUGAUGUCGAGGGUGUUCUUGCUUUCAAGCAGGCCUGGCCCAGCAUGGCCCGGACCGUGUGGGGUGCCCACAAGCGCUAUAUGGACACUUACCUGAACGUCUACAAGGGCUACUACUUCACUGGAGAUGGCGCUGGCCGUGACCACGACGGAUACUAUUGGAUUCGCGGUCGUGUCGACGACGUGGUCAACGUCUCUGGACACCGUUUGUCUACUGCCGAGAUUGAGGCCGCUCUUCUUGAACACCACCAGGUUGCCGAAGCUGCAGUUGUCGGUAUUGCCGAUGAGCUCACUGGCCAAGCUGUCAACGCCUUCGUUUCUCUCAAGGAGGGCAACGAAACCACCGAGCAAGUUCGCAAGGAUCUUGUGAUGCAGGUUCGGAAGUCAAUCGGACCAUUUGCCGCACCCAAGGCGGUUUACGUCGUAGACGACCUCCCCAAGACUCGCAGUGGCAAGAUUAUGCGCCGUAUCCUACGGAAGAUUCUGAGCGGUGAAGAAGAUAGCUUGGGUGAUACCUCGACCUUGUCGGAUCCUUCCGUGGUCGACAAGAUCAUUGAGACUGUUCAUGCUGCCCGAGCCAACUAG